AUGCAUUCCUUGCAUCACCGGGCGCCGGCGUGCCGGACCGGCGCCCUGGUGCUGUGCUUAGCCGGUUUGUUGACGCUGAAAGAAGGCACGUCCAGGACUUGGGUGCCACUGGUGGCUCGCAGAGCUAGCGAGUGGGGUCGCGCAGCUACGGAAGAAGAGUUGACACAGCAAGUUCCAACACUCUACGUCUACGACCACUGCCCUUUCUGUGUGCGUGCCAGGAUGAUCUUUGGGCUGAAGAGGAUGCCCUUCAAGCUGGACUUUUUGAUGAAUGAUGAUGUGGUCACACCCACGAAGAUGACGGGGAAGAAGGUUCUACCCAUUCUUAAAAUGGACGGUGAGGCCAUGGGUGAGAGCUUGGAUAUCGUUGCCAAGAUUGAUGCCAUCGGCAAGCCCAUCUUGGCCAAAGCGGCGGAUCGGAAGGACAUUGACCAGUGGUUGAAGGACAACAAGGACUUGAUGAGGAAGCUCACAAGACCUCGAGACGCGUCCGCCUUGUAUCCCGAGUUUGCCACCCGGGCGGCCCGAGCCACUUGGGUGAUGAACCACCCGCUCUCAGGUAGUUCCUUUGAGGAGGCUCUUGAGUCCUCUGAGGACCCGUGUUACGAGCUUUCCUGGCUGAGACCACCAGGGUGGGAUGCGAUUGGAUGCGAUUGGAUGCGAUGGUAA